AUGAGUGGGGACAGGACUAACAAGAGCAGAUACGGGCUACGAAACUACCCGGACCCAGAAAUGAAAGAGGACACACCGGCUAACGAAGUGGAGCUAACAGCUGAGCAACAUGGCGACCGUAGCAUUAGCAUGGACAUGAUUCGAGAAGCAAUGAAAGAUGCCAUGACCUCGUUUCACACAGAAAUCAAGAAGGACCUGGAAAACUUCCGUUCUGAAAUAUGUGAGGAAAUGAAGAAACAAACGGGGGAACUAGCGACUGAAAUGAGUCAAAAACUUCAUGAUACCAACAUACGAGUGAGUGCGGUGGAGGAGCGGCUACAACAGGUGGAGGACAGCAUGGCCGAGUCCGAGAGAUGGGAUAUCGGAGUGAAGAACACGCUCGUACAACUACUACAGAGCCAGCGGGCUCUCCAGGAUAAAGUCUCGGACCUGGAGGGCCGUGCGAGGCGAAACAAUAUCAGACUGUACGGCGUGCCUGAAGGCUCCGAGGGCACAUCCAUGGUGGCAUUUAUCGAUAACCUUUUCAAGAGCGAGCUUGGAGGAGACGCUCCCAUGGACAGACACCUUGGCAUCGAGCGUGCCCACCGUGCAUUAGGACCCAAACCACCUGCUAGUGCCCCACCGCGCUCUAUAAUAGUCCGCUUCCUCAGUUUUUCAAUCAAAGGGACCAUACUCCACGCAGCUUGGAAGAAGACGGUACGAAUCCAGGGUAAGCAAGUGUACUUUGACCACGAUUACGCACUGGAGAUGCGCGUCUUCUACACGUCGGGAAGCGUCCUCUACGACAGCGCUAUCCAAGCUGCUGAGGAUCUGUGGAAGCGGGGCAUGGACGUGGACCGGGUCCUUGUCACCGCGAGGAGCAACCUGACUGCGGAGGAGACGCUGGCACAGCUGCUGCCGUGGGAAACGCAGACAACGCGCCGCGCAGGCUUCCAGGAAAGUAUCCGUGAAAAGCUCAAGGUGUUCCGGAGAGAGGGAAAUGAGACUGAGUAA